AUGCGAUUUUCAUGGUUUAGAGGAGGGGAAGGGGUGAGUAACGAGAUACUAACAAAAUCAGCUAAACACAGUCGCAACAAAUCAGACACCUUUACUAAUCAUUCUUGGGAGGAGGACGGAUCCCCUGCUGCGGAAGUCCGCAGAUGGUUCUCCAACAUCCUCAAGCCCACACCCAACAGCACCACACAAAAUUCAGCUUGCCCUCCACGCCAGCAUCUUCAGCGGAGGUCCCGCUUCCAAACGGAACCAACCUCCCCUGCACCUCAGCCGCAGGGGAUCCAAUCCCCUUCCCGCCCAAGCUUCAAGUCUACUCCUGCGGAGUCUCUGCCUCUGUCUCCGCCAAGGAAUCUCGUCGAGUCUGCUCACCGGAGAACCAUAUCGUCUUCAACUUGCUCGCUGGAGAAGAUCGCGUCCAGGUAUGUCGCAAAAGGAGAUGAAGUGAGCCAGCAAGAAGAUGAUAAUUAUAGCCUCAACGGUUUCCUCAAAGAGCAGAGGGAAAUGUUCAAGAAAAUCUCCAGCGGAGAGAUCCAUGCAAAUGCCAAAGUCAUUCUUUCUGGGCCUUCGAACAGUACUGCAUCGAUGGUGGCUGCGAUUUGCCAUGCUUGGCUGUUGGGGUACAGGGAGAGGGAGAAGGGGAGUGGUGUGGUGGUGCCAGUGAUGAACGUGAAGCGAAGGUCCAUGUUGAAGCUGAGGCAAGCUGCAUGGCUGUUUCACCACUCUGGUCUUGAUGCUUCUGCAUUGCUUUUCGCUGAUGAGGUGGACAUGGAAAACCUUUUGGUGACUGGCCAAGUGACUGUCCUCGUGGUUGGAAAAGAUAUCCUAACCACUACCGGCGAGGUAGCAUUAAAUACUUCAUCAAUUAGAAAAAACUAGAUGCAUCAAUAAUAA